CCUUUCGGUAAAAGUCAACCAAUCACGCUGAAGCCAGAAAUUUGGCGCUUCAGGCAAGUGAGUUAAUGUGGUAAAAAAUGUGUUUCUUGUUUGUUUGGUCAGCUUCUUGUUGAUUUUGACACCAAUGUCUGAAGUGUUAGGGAUGGCGUAUAACCACGGUGACCAGCAAAGGUUGAAGACACCUAUACUGUAAACCUAAAGUCUUGUAAAAGUAGCUUUUACAAGAAAAAGGUUUGGUAGCACGACGCUGUAAACAAAAAGCACACGGCGUACAUUCGGCUGUUAUCAUUAUAGAAACGUCCAAGAUGGCGGUCAACUACAAGUCCCAGGCUGUCUUUCGGUAAACACCAAGUAAUCACACCGAAGCAGGUACCAGGUCUGCAAAUUAACUACACAUCUUUCAAUGUGGGGAGUGACGUCAAGCUGAACUGCAGUGACAAGUCAUGGCGGGAGCUGAUCUACGUCAUCUGGACCGUGGACCUGAUACACAAACAGUGCCGGAUCGCCAACAGCAUCGAUGGGGGACCCGAAAACAACUGCAGCGAUGGCAAGACCAUGCGGAACACGUCCAUGUUCCAGUCGUACCUGCACAUCCCAGACUUCUCCAGUCGUGACGUGGGAUUGUAUAAGUGUGAGCUGGUUUAUAGAGGAGGGUCCGCAAUCUGUAGCAUCAGCUUGUCAAUCACAGUUCCUCCCAGAAUCUCCUCAUGGCUGGAGUGGACGGACGACAACAGCAUGGUGGCCGUGUGCAAAGCCGAGGAAGGAAAGCCGGCUGCCACCAUCACGUGGAGCCACAUGGGGAACUUCUCAUCGGUGGAGAAGCAGCAGAGCUCCAAUGGCUUCUUCUCAGUGGAAAGUCGCCUGGGGCUCCCCGAGGGCGCCGGGAACGUGGAGAAUGUAACCUGCAUCAUCAGGCACCUGUACUGGCAAUCUGAGAAAACGUUGCGACCAAAGCGCCUAAAAGGGGUCGCCACAGCAAAUCAAUGGCUUCCAUCCAACCCUGUCUUCUGCAUCUGUUAUAUGAUACAUUUCAAUAUUCCUCCAGGUCUUCCUUAUAAUGUGAUGUGCGUCCUUGUUGUCGUGGCCAUCUUAAUGGUUCUGGCCGGAUUCUUAGUCUUUGCACACAAGAAAAAAAUCAUGCCGAGGUGUCUGUCUGGCGGCCGCUCGACUCUUAAACCUCAGCCGACGGAGGACAUAGAGGAAGUCGAACCUUAUGCCAGCUAUGUUCAACGUGUCAACUCAAUCUAUAACUCAAACCCUUGCGUCCCUUGAUGGCCUGUUAUACUACGUGAACUACUACGUAUACAUGCAAUGUACUGCACAAAGGAAGAUGUACCGUGCCUGUACUAGGUAGGUCAUAUCAGGUAGGUUGAGAACACUAAAACGUAGAAAGUAUUAAGAUACACGAUACUAAUUGGAAAUGACAGCAACUUUCCACAGUAGAAAUGUGCUUGUCACCGCUGUGCCUUCCUAAUAAAUUCACUUAGCUGAUUUAAUAAGAAGUACAAAUGUGAUGAUGAAGUGUCACCAUCACUCAGGUCAUGCUCUAAUACCACAUGUACUUCCUGUUUUGGAAGUGUCAAGUGUCUUUGCAUAGAAAUAUUGUCAGUUUCCACUGACUCAACAAUUGGUUUGGUUUUUUAACACCAAAAAACGUGAUACACAUUUGAUUUCUGAGUUGUGUAAGGAGACAAGUUUUUUUUUAUUUGUGUGAAAUUAUUUUUUUGAUCAAAUUAGAUCCAUGCUGAGGAGUCAUUGGAAUACAUACAGCUGUUCAUUCAUUUAUUUUAUAAGUGCAAAAUAAGCAAUUCAAAUAAAGGACUGUCUGAUUUAGCUCAUUGGCCACCGACCUUUUUGAACCCAAGAUCUCUGGUCUUGGUCUACCCACCCCCCCACUGCGUUAUUGUUGUUAUGUGGUGUGAAAAAGGGCUUGGUCCCUUCCUGAUUUAUUUUUUUGUCACAUUUAAAUGUUUAACAAACGUAAAUAAAGUACACCUUACAGUGCGGAAAAUACAUACAUACGCACAUUCAUUCAUUGAGAUUUAUUAGUCUGGAAAAGGUUAUUAAGCCAUUUGUAUUGCUUUGGGACUCCAGCAAACCACAGUGAGAGCAAAUGGCGUCAACGGGUUAUUUUUAGCCUUAUGCAUUAUUUUAGCUGUUUGAAGAUGAACUAUUUCAGAAAGUUGAAGUAUUUGUGAUUUUAGAAAUAAGGAGUUAGUAUGUUCUCUGUAGGCGGCAUUAUGAAUUAUCCUUACUGACCUUUUUUGCAGUACAUUUAGCGAGAGAAGAUUGCUUUUAUAGUUAUUAGCCCAUAUUUCCACACAAUAUGUCAGAUAUGGUAGAACCAGAGAGCAAUAAAGAGUGUGGAGUGAUUUCUGAUUGAGAACAAAUUUUGCUUUGUUCAAUAUUGAAAUAUUUCUGGCCACCUUAUGUUGUAUAUUUGUAAUAUGAGGUUUCCAGCUCAUAUUUUCAUCUAUUGUAAAUCCAUCUUAUCUUGUGAUGUAUCUAUCUUAUACCAUAAAGUAACACCAGAAGGCGCUAUUGUUAAAAAAUAUGUUUGUGGACAGAAAAAAAGAAAUAUGCAACAUGAACCAAUUAUCAGCUCCUCGGUUGUUUCUAUCUUUUUUUCUGCAGAACAAAAGAUUAGAUUAGAUUAGAUCAAGACAAAGCAAACAAAUGGACACAUCAGGAUCACAUUGACAUCACAAAGGCGUACAUAAUGCGUUCCAUUCGUGCCCUCAGUGUCCCAGCGAAUGGACCGGGCCAGCAACUGCAUAGAGAAGUGUUGGAUGAAUACUGAAUAUGUCAGAUCUCAUGUACGAGGUGUUAAAUAUGUUGUUGCUAAUUAUGUGUGGAAGGGCAGGAAACGGUCUCACUGAGGGAGGAGUCAUCAUACCUGACAACGGACAGCUAAAGCUAGCCUGAAGCCGAAUCCCAACUUUCAUUUUAACCACUCUAACCCUAAUGUUGUCAACACCACUGACAAGUCAUACGGUUUAUUAGAAAGUACUUUUUAUUUGUAAUAUAAAUCACUGUAACUUUACCGUCUGACAAAAAGCAGAAUAAAUAUUAGCUUGUCACAGCAUCGAAUACGGAAAAAGGUGGGAAAAAUGUGAAAUAUGUGAGAAAAAAAAAUAAGCGUACAGCAUCAGUCGUCAUGCUGGCUCAGGAUGAAAGAAUGCAAGCAUCUGGCUACGGCUAUUUGCUUUUUAUAUUUCAAUACAACUCACUUUACUUGGCACAAACAACACUGGACAUUUAUAAAAUAUGUAUUUAUUUUUAAAAAUACUUCAUUAUUCUAGUUAUUGCGUUUCUUCCAACUGCAGUCACAAUGUACUUUGUCAUAUAUUUGUCCUUGUUUGGAUGGGUUACCUAAAAUGUGGCUCUGUCCUACUUUAAUAGCGACUAUGAGGCAGCGCAUACUAUUAAUAUCACUAUACAUUUUUGUUUAUCUUCUUUAAAAACAGCCGAGUGCUCCUGUCAUACAGAGGAUCUUUGACUAGCGUGUUUGCAGUAGUUGAGGUGACUGAUCUGUGCUAUGUGAUUGGGCCUCUCAUGUGUAGUAAAUAGGUAGUUGUGGACUUCUUUUAGAGCAGCUACACACAAUAACAUGCACAGAAAGCUUUCUAGAUCUUCCAGAAUCGGCACCUAUUCCAGUUGUAUUUCCUUGGAUUUUCAAAACGGUGGCAUGGAAAUGGAAAUCUCCAGUCACGCCCACGCCGCUGUGAUUGGUCAUACUGCUAACAGCUUGUACCCGAGCACGCUCAUAUAAGGAAGAGCUGGUGUUAACUUCAUUGCAUUUUGUUAAAAGGACUUAAUACCUUUCAAAAUCAAAUAAGAAAAAGAUUAGUAAUAAGCUUCCGAAAAAGCUGUCUGCAUUCUGUAAAUACACAGAAGAUAAUAUAGGAUAGUAAAACCAGAACAUUUAUUUUGUCUUUCACUUUCACUUUGAGUGGUUAAACAUGAGUCGGACACACACGCCAAGAUGAAUGUCACAAAGUUGUUGAUCGUUGUCAGGAUCGUGAUUGACAUCCACUGGAGGCGUUUUCCCUCAAUGCCGCGGUGUUGUUGAUCUUAUUUAGCAUCGUGAUUGACAUCCACUGGAGGCGUUUUCCCUCAAUGCCGCGGUGAUGGAGAUGCUUUGGUCCAAAGCGAAAUGAUCAGUCAGCUGCAGCAACACAAGCAAGCGAGAGAAACAAAGCAUCUUGAUUAAAAUGAACUUGUAAUUCGUUCCAAUAGAUUAUCACAUCAUUAGCCACACGACAGACCCUGAUGAGGACGCUAAAGAUUAUUACUGCUACUAGAGAUGCCUUAAGUUAAUUGCAGCAAAAUAUUCAUUCAGAAGAUGCAUUCAAAGACAUUGUGAGGCUAUGUAAUAAUCAUUUGGAAGGUCGUAAACAGUUUUUCUAUGCUCUAAGAAAAUAUCCAUAAAUAAGGAGAAAUCCUGGGCGGCACGGUGGUCUAGGGGUUAGCGCGCAGACCUCACAGCUAGGAGACCAGGGUUCAAUCCCACUCCUCACAUCUCUGUGUGGACUUUGCAUGUUCUCCCCGUGCAUGCGUGGGUUUUCUCUGGGUACUCCGGUUUCCUCCCACAUUCCAAAAACAUGCUAGGUUAAUUGGCCACUCCAAAUUGUCUAUAGGUAUGAAUGUGAGUGUGAAUGUCUAUAUGUGUAUAUGUGCCCUGUGAUUGGCUGGCGACCAGUCCAGGGUGUACCUGGUCUUCGGGCGUACCCUUACGCCCGAAGACAGCAUCCCCCGCGACCCUCGUGAGGAAAAGCGGUAGAAAAUGAAUGAAUGAAUGGAGAAAUCCUACUUCACUGGAAUCCACUUAUGUCGGGUCUGUAACCAAUUAACCGUGAUAGAUGAGGGAUCACAUUAUUAUUAUAAAGAAAACAUCCCUAGAAAGGUUGAGAUUCACCGGGUGAGAGACCUCUAAUUUGUGCCAGGUUCCAAUAUAUACAUAAUUAAUAGCCGUGGCUGUAGGCAACCUCUUGAUGUAGUUUUUAUUCACACACAAGGUAGCAGGAGCUGCAUUUGACGUAUGGUGAGUGGUCAGCAUCCAGCAGCUUUACCUACCUAUGCAUGCGUGAGUCUGCAUCGCAGCCUUGACGGUAAGUACACGUAGUACACAAAAUAUCCUUAGAACAUUUACACAUGCUCACCGUCUUUACGCAGGAAACACUUCCAGAGGCAGAAGCAGAGGGCCAGGACCAACAGGGCUGCUACUGUGGUGACUGAGAUGAGGAUGGCCAGGGCCGUACCAACUACGACGGAGACAACAUGGACGUUAGCCGUAAACCACAAAAAAAACUGAAAAUGCUGAACAUUUGCUGUUUGACUCCAUCCUGGCAACAUAUGUUGUUGGGUGAGAGAUAGCUACUAAUAGCGUGUACAACCACAGCCAGAAUCCCGUCUCAAGUGCUCCGACUGACUUUUGGUGUUCAUGGAGACAGCGAUGGGGGCCUCCAGGCCUCGGUGGUGCACCAGACAUUUGACAGACACGUCCUUCAGCAGGCCCGACUGCAGGCUGAGCGUGCUGACCACCAGCGUGGUGCCGUCGUCCUGAGGGAGCAGCGUGGUGACGGGCGGGCCCAUGGUGCGGUUGUCUUGCUCCACAUUCCACACGAUCUCCACGGGGGGGCGCGACACGGCGCUGCAGUUGGCCUCGAUGAGCCCCGAGGACGUGCUCUUGUAGAUCACCUGAGGUUUGGGCAGCGCUGGAAGGAGGAAUAUUAUUGGAGGGUCGCUGGAGAGCUGGAGCCUAUCCCAGCUGUCUAUGGGGGAGAGGCUACGUACAACUAGGGACUGGAUCGCUCAAUAAAUAGUGGUGUACAUGCAUGGUCCUGAGUGGAAUAGCAAGGAUUUACCCUGGAGUUUCCCCACCAUCAGCAGGAGGAAACACACGUGCAGACCAGUUCUACAGGAGACCCGCGUCAUCAUCACCUUGGUCCUUGCUCCUGGAACAUAAGCAGGAUGUGGUGAGUAGAAACACGGCAUCAACUUUCCUUAGAAUUAUCGCAUUCACCCCAAUAGAAGGUAUUAGUCGUAGCUUUUCUUCCUGUCACUCAC